CCCGGUUUCCACCCUUCGUACAUACAUGGUGGGAGAAAGAGCAGGCGACGUCGUCCAUCCAAGAAUAGCGGGCAGCGUCAAUGACGAUGUGGUUGAGCUGCUCUGUGGUGGAGGCAGAGGUCACCCCGGCGCCUCCACGGCUGGGCUGAAGAGGAAACUGGACUUGUACUUCGCCGCUGUCGCCAAAUCCAUGGAGGCCAAAUCACAAGAAUCCUCGUUUGGCUACUCCGACUCACUGGCUUCAGGCACUUCACAAUUGACUUUUCAAGCUUCUUUUGAUGUUGAACAGACAGGUGAUGGAGGUGGGGCAAGCCUAGUUACAAACUCAAAUGUCAUACACACAGGUCAUGAUGAUUAUCAAGGCAAACCAACUAACAGUGGUACAUCAAAGCAACAGUCGGACUGUGGUGUCAAUCUUGACGAGAAAAGUGACCCUGCUAUUGCAAAAAAGAUGAGGAGAAUGAUGUUAAAUCGAGAAUCAGCUAGGCGAUCAAGAAAGAGGAGGGAAAGUCGCCUACGCGAUCUCGAAUCACAGGUUUCCACGUUAACAUCUGAGAAUGCAUCUUUGCUCAAGCGCAUGGAGGAUAUGACUCAUAAGUACAAGGAUGCUACCCUUGACAACAGAAAUCUUAUAAUUGCUGUUGAGACUAUGAGGACAAAGAUGAACAUGGCAGAGAAAGCUGUCAGGACACUAUCAGAAACAACAUUCCUCUUACCCAGCACAUCUGAACUACCUCCAAGCUUGACUUUGAGUUCAUUUGCAUCUGAUACGGCUUCUCCUGAUGUCGCCAAUGAAUAUAGUAUGGAACAUUUUCUUCAGUCGACACUUCACGAUGAUCAGAACAAGCCUGCGCUCUCCCAAAUGCAGCAAUUCCCUUUGACAAGUGGGGAGUUGGGCACCAUGUUGGUCUCUCUGUGAUAUGUUGCACGCUAGGAGAACCUGCGAGGAGGAUCAAUGAAGACUCAGUACACUACGAGAUUGUAUAUGAGCAUGCUGAGAUCCUGAAAGUCUUGCCGAUAGGAAACAUGAGCCAUAUGUUUUAGUGCUCUAGUGAGAUAAAUAAAUUUUGUAGUAAUAGAUCUUGUAGCACCCAUAUGUGAGUAAGGCCCGUAUGGUGUAAUAGAUCUUGUAGCACCCAUUAACUGAGCGUAGCUCACUUGGUAGUGGGUAUAUAUGUAUGCAUAAACUAAUCUGGAUGUGUGUUU